CAGCUCGGAGCCUGUUAACCAGUGCAUAAUGCCCCGUGUUAACCAUCCCGGGGACGUCAGGGCGGCCACGCUGAUGCACUGCGGGCGGGCGGCGCAGGGCCGAGCCUUCAGAGCCGCCGCUGCCGCUCCGGUCCUCUCCCCCGCACUGUUUUGGACUCCGGAUUCCGUUUCUCGCUGCCGGCCUCCGUCCCUCUUCUUCUCCUCCUCCAGGCCCCCUUUUAUGGGCAAAAUUCCAAACGCCGGCGGCCGCGGCUUGCACCUCGGAGAGGAAACAGCGCUCGGAGAAGCGAGGACUGACCGGGAGGCUACGAGCUGGGGGCUAGGACGGGACUCGUCUCUCCCCGCCUCCCAGAAGAAAAGCCAGACCCUGAUCGUGCGGAGCGAGCUGGCCUCUCUCACCCCUCCUCCACCAGGCUGCUGGGGGGAAGGGCGCAGCGGGGAGGGUGGGGGCGAGGUCUGGUGGGGGCUGGGGACCCGGCGAAAGUUUCUUCGUAGCCUUUUUUUGCAGGGAGCUAAUGCGGUGGGCUUCUCCCUGAAGGUGGAAAACCAGCGCUGGAGUGAGGACGUGACACCCCGCCCCCACGAUGGCAGAAAGACACUUGAUAAACUCCCAGGAGCCAGGAGAAAACUAGAGAAGCCAGACCACACAAAGUAGACUUUGGUGUCUCAGCCUCCAGUUGCUCUGAGCCCAGGAAUAGACUGAAUUUGCUGUGUGGCCUUCAGAAAACCAUGAAACAUCUCUGUGCUGUUUCCUCGUUUAUGUUAAAUAAUUGCUGAGG